CUCUCUUUCAAAUUGCUUCCUUAAGACGUUCUACUCCAUUUCAUGAACUUCUGUUGCUUGUUCUUGCAUUUUGUUCAACAUGGAAUCUAGCUUCUUCACAAGUUAUGACAAUGAAACUUUGGAAUCUGUAAUCUAAUACAUUGAUUCCAAAUUUAUCUUUUUCAUGCAUUUCGAAAUGGGUUGCAUUCAGAUGUCUCAUUUCAUCCUUCUUUUAAUGGUGUUUGUUGCUUCUCUUGGUGUUGUUACUCUUGGAGAUAACUUAACAGAUUCCUUCUGGCUUCUGAGAAUCAAACAAGAAAUAGUUGAUCCAUUCGGAGUUCUUGACAACUGGUCUCCAAGAGCUCAUGUAUGCAGCUGGCAUGGAAUAGCAUGCUCAGAUGAUCAACAACAUGUUUUAGGCUUGAAUCUAUCAGGCUCAGGACUAUCAGGGUCCAUCUGGCGUGACUUGUUGCACUUGACUUCCCUUCAAACACUAGAUUUGUCCUCAAAUAUAUUCACUGGCUUCAUUCCUUUUGAGCUUGGACAGCUUCAAAAUCUAAGGACACUGCUUCUUUAUUCAAACUCUCUUUCUGGUAAGAUUCCUACAGAGAUAUGCCUUUUGAGUAAGUUGCAAGUCCUUAGAAUAGGUGAUAACAUGUUAUGGGGCGAAAUUCCUCCAAACAUUGGCAACUUGAUUGAGUUGAGAGUAUUAGGCCUUGCAUACUGCCAAAUAAAUGGGAGCAUUCCUGAAGAAAUUGGUAAUUUGAAGCAUCUGAUAUAUCUCAACUUGCAAAACAACUUACUCAGAGGCCCCAUUCCAGAAGCCAUUCAUGGCUGCGAGGAGCUUCAAAAUUUUGCGGCCUCAAACAAUAUGCUCGAAGGAGACAUCCCUUCUUCAAUGGGGUUGCUUAAAUCUCUACAAGUUCUGAACUUGGCCAACAACAGCCUUUCUGGAUCAAUUCCCACAGAGUUAAGUCAGCUUCUUAAUUUGAGUUACUUGAAUUUGCUUGGGAAUCGAUUGAGUGGGGACCUUCCUUCAGAGCUUAAUCAGUUGGUUCAGCUUGAGAUGCUCGACCUGUCAGAAAACAACCUCUCAGGGAACAUAAGCCUUCUCAAUACUCAACUAAAGAAUCUUCAAGUUCUGGUUGUGUCCGAUAACGCUUUGACAGGUAGCAUUCCAGUCAACUUCUGUCUCAACAAUUCAAAUUUGCAACAACUCAUUCUAGCUCGAAAUAGGUUGUCGGGUGAGUUCCCUUUGGAGCUAUUGCACUGUUCAUCGAUCCAGCUAUUGGACCUUUCUGAUAAUAAUUUUGAAGGAGAGAUACCGCCAAGCCUGGCCAAGCUGGAGAACCUAAAAGAUCUUGCUCUUAAUAAUAACAGCUUUACAGGAAACUUGGCUCCUGAAUUUGGAAACAUGAGUAAAUUGACAAGUCUUUAUCUUUUCGACAACAAGAUUACUGGUGGAAUUCCAGUGACUAUUGGAAAGUUACAGAGGUUGAGCAUUCUCUUCCUGUACGAUAAUCAGAUGUCAGGAAGUAUUCCGAGAGAGUUAACAAACUGCUCCAGUUUAACCAUGAUUGACUUCUUUGGCAAUCAUUUUACAGGUUCCAUUCCUGAGACUAUGGGGAAGCUUAAAAAUCUUGUACUUCUUCAACUGAGGCAGAAUGAUUUAUCAGGUCCUAUCCCACCAAGCUUAGGCUACUGCAAAAGACUACAAUCCUUGACCUUGGCUGACAACAAACUUUCAGGAACAUUGCCACCCACAUUCAGAUUCCUUUCAGAACUCAGCCUCAUUACUCUUUACAACAACUCCUUGGAAGGUCCUCUUCCUGCGUCUCUCUACCAACUCAAAAAACUCAAAAUCAUAAAUCUUUCUCACAAUAGAUUUAGUGGAACCAUCUUGCCUCUUACUGGCUCAAAUUCAUUGACUGUGUUGGACUUAACAAACAAUAGUUUCUCAGGCCCCAUUCCUUCUAAACUAGCCAUGUCAAAAAACCUAAACCGUCUUCGCCUCGCCCAUAAUCAUCUUACUGGUAGCAUUCCUUCUGAAUUUAGCCAACUCACGGAGCUCAAGUUUCUUGAUUUAUCAUUCAACAAUCUCACUGGCAAACUAGAUCCUCAGCUCUCAAACUGUACAAAACUAGGACACCUCCUACUUAACAACAAUCAACUUGCUGGCGAAAUGCCACCUUGGCUAGGCAGCUUACAAGAAAUUGGGGAGCUAGAUCUCUCCUCUAAUAACUUCCAUGGAACAAUCCCAGCUGAAAUUGGAAAUUGUUCAAGAUUACUUAAGCUUUCUCUCCAUGGCAAUAACCUCUCUGGCAAGAUCCCACAACAGAUAGGCUAUCUCAUUUCUCUCAAUGUCCUUGAUUUGCAAAGGAACAACCUUUCAGGAAAAAUUCCUUCAACAAUUCAGCAGUGUAAGAAGCUCUAUGAACUGAGGCUGUCUGAGAAUUUCUUUACAGGUUCAAUACCAACUGAGCUGGGAAGCUUGACUGAACUACAAGUGAUCUUGGAUCUAAGUAAAAAUCUUUUCACUGGUGAAGUUCCAUCUUCUCUUGGAAGUCUUGAGAAGUUAGAGAGAUUGAACCUCUCUUCUAAUCAACUCCGAGGAGAAGCUCCAUCUUCACUAGGAAAGCUGACAAGCCUCCACGUAUUAAAUUUGUCAUAUAAUAAUCUCCAGGGCCAAGUUCCUCCAAGCUUGGCAGGAUUCCCACUUAGUUCUUUCUUGGGGAAUGUGAAGCUUUGUGGCCCACCAUUAGUAUCAUGCCCAGAAUCAGCGGAACAAGGAGGAAGAAGACUGUCAAACUUUGAAGUUAUAGGUAUAACUGCGGUGAUUGUGUUUAUUUCAACAGUGAUAUGCCUGAUUAUGCUUUAUAUCAUGCUUAGAAUGUGGUUAAAUUGGAGGAAAGUUUCCGUUUCAAAUUCGGAGGGUGUUGGUGGGAGUGAACAGAAGAAAGAAGAGGAGAAAUGGGCUUAUGGAGAUGAAACAAGAAGAAAUGGUGAGUACUGGAGAAUGAAGUCCAUGAUAUUGGUUCCUGCACAAGAUGAAAAAAAUUCUACAGAAUGCAUAUUCCAGUUGAAAAUGAACAACAAAGAAAUGGAUGAAGACUUGGUCUGACAUUCGAAAGAUGAGGUCACUUCCACGUUACCUUCUAAUUUGUUGGGGUUUAUUGGCUGUAAAAUUCUGUGUGCCCUUCAAUUUCUUUAACAAAUUAAGUGUGGUUCAAAUGCUUUCGAGUGAUACAAGAAGUUGAGUGUACAUAUAUGUUAGUUUAAAAAGGCUAAAAACUUGAAAUACGAUGUCUUUUGCUACUUUCCAUUUCAAUUCUCGUUGGGAGCCAGCCUUCUGAUUUAGUCUGAACUUGUACAAUUCAAAGAGGUAAAAUCACUAUUAUGUUCACUGGCAA